AUGUCUUUGCCCGGCAGGACCGUCAGUUUCUUCCCUGGCGACGGCGACGACAACCCUGCGCCGGUGUCAAGCUCUUUCGACGCAUUCGCUUACAAGGUCGCGCUCUGCCUCGAGCCGACGCGCGAGGCCGCUCGCGACCAGACCGUGGUUGUUCGGGCCGUGGCACAUGUCGAGGCUGCCUUGUCCUUGACCGACUCUGGGGCAAGGCGCACCCUGAGUUUCGACACCCGGACCGCCGCCAGUGCCUACCUUUUCAUCCGCCGCUCCACCCGGCUCAGAGUGGCCGCGUUGCUGCUGUAUGUUCUGAUGGGUUUGGUCGAGAGGCCGUGGUAUUGCGAGAAGUCGUUCGGCGAAAGCGGCUUGGCCCGCAGCGAGCUCUGCCCGGGCGGGCGUCCCACAGAGGACCUGAGCAUCUGGCCGCCAGUAACGCUGCCGACUCGAUGGGCCCUGCUGCUGGCGCUCCUGCUCCAGGGCCUGCUGCUGGCGGACUCUGCCAUUCACCUGCUGGCCCGGUUGCCGAGGCAGCGCGCGAGGUAUUUCUGCAUCGGCCUUUUGACUGUCAGCGCUGCAGAGGUGCUCCUGCGGCUGGCGCUCCCUGCGCUGGCGCCUGCGCGGGUGUGGCCUUAUCGCAUAGUGAGGCCUCUCGCGCUCGCGGCUGGCUCGUCCAGGAUCCGAAACGGCAUCGAGCGGGUGGCCUUGGCAGCGUGGUGCGCGCGGUGGCUGUAUCUCGGCGUGGCGAUAUCUAUAUUUAUCUCAACCUGGAUGGCGCGGGUGUAUUUCUUCGACCAGGGUGCGCCCUUCGACACGUAUGCUGGCACGCUGCGGGCAAUGUUCACGGUCAUGACCACAGCGAAUUACCCUGACGUGCAGACGCCCAUCACGAAUCAGGGUGGAAUUUCGUGGCUGAGCUUUCUGUUCUUUGCUUCGUUCCUCGUCAUUCACAUAUAUGUGUUGUUGAACAUCGUGUUUUCGGACAUCUAUGUAGCGGCCUCUGGCCUGUCCAUGCACCGUUGCCUUGGUGGCCUCCAUGGGGUCUCCAGGGGGUUCUCUGGACCUGGCCUCGUGCACGUCGCCUUGGGAUGGGGGUCCAAACAAUGUUUCGGCAGUUUUUGGCUUUGGGAGGCUCUUGCGGCACACCCCUGA